CUCUCCAAACUCUUCGACAAAAGAAGAAAAAGGAUUUUAAUACAUCCAUGGCCGGCCCCGGCCCCAGCCCUCUCCGAACACCGCUUCUAAGAAGCCCCAGCCCUCCCGUGGACCCACGAGGAGACCCUCCACCUCAUCCGGCCUACCAGGAGAAAUGGUACUCCCUCAAGCGCGGCCAGCUCAAGUCCUCACAGUGGGAGGAGGUCGCCGUCACCGUCGCCGCCCGCUGUGGCUACGACCACACCGAACCCUCUUCCAAGUCUGCCCUCCAGUGCCGCCACAAGAUGGAGAAGCUCCGCCAGCGCUUACGCUCCGAGAAACAGCGCCUACCUACUCCCUCUUCUUCCUCCUCCUGGCCCUACUUCCACCUCAUGGACUCCCUCGACCGCGGGCCUCUCCCUCCCAUCUCCGCCCUCCCCAUCUCUCUUGUACCACCACCACAUGAUGAGUCUGAUUACGACGACGACAAUGACGUCAAAGAAGAAGGGGGUUUUGACGAGGAGGAUUACGAUUGUCAUGGCAGGUCUCGGAGUAUCGACUACAUACUCCGUCGACCGACAAUUGUGAAUAGAUUUGCUGCCAUUGGAGGCGACGGCGAUGCCUCCGGGAAAAGGAGUGGUGCUUCCGGAAUUUUUGGGGACCCGGUGCGAAGAGGCGGAGGGAGGAGUUGGUGGGCAAUGAUGAUGAUCCGGAGGAGGAGGAGGAGGAGGAGGAGGAGGAGGGGAGAGGGCUGGUAUCGGAGUUGGCGGCUGAGAUAAGGGCGUUUGCGGAGAGGUUUAUUGGGAUGGAGAAUAUGAAGAUGAAGAUGAUGAAGGACGCGGAAAGGUUUAGGAUGGAGAUGGAGAACAAGCGGAUGGAGUUGAUUCUCGAGUCUCAGCAGAGGAUCGUUGAUUCCAUUGAGAG